AUGACUGGUAUUAGAAUUGCAAUUGAUAGAGGUGGGACAUUUACUGACUGUGUUGGUAAUAAAGGUGAUGGGUCGAAAGAUGUUAUUAUCAAGCUUCUCUCGGUUGAUCCCCAGAACUAUGCUGACGCAAACUUAGAAGGCAUACGAAGACUGAUGGAAAUUUUCACAGGGGAAAAAAUUCCUAGAGGCCAGUCAUUGGAUACCUCAAAGAUUGAGUCACUGAGGCUGGGUACUACUGUUGCUACAAAUGCUUUAUUGGAGAGAAAGGGUGAAAGAUGUGCAUUGGUCACUUCCAAAGGGUUCAAAGACAUUUUACAUAUUGGAAACCAGUCUAGACCUCAUAUUUUUGAUUUAUCUGUGAAAAGACCGAGCGUCUUAUACGACACAGUCAUUGAGGUUGACGAAAGAGUCACCUUAGAAGACUACGUUGAGGAUCCUGAAAGAGUGUUCACCGCACCUAAUGGUGAAGAUCUUGUUGAAGGUCUGUCAAAGGAAACAGUGAGAGUGCUUAAGAGGCCAGACCCAGAAACCAUAAAAACACACUUACAGCUCAUAUUCGAUAUGGGAAUCAAAUCCUUGGCCGUCUGCUUUUUGCAUUCGUACACCUUUCCUGACCAUGAGCUACUUGUUGGAGAUAUUGCCAAAGAAAUAGGCUUCACUCACGUCUCGUUGUCAUGUGAGCUUUCCCCUAUGAUUAAACUGGUUCCAAGAGCUAACUCCUCCGUGGCAGAUGCCUAUCUCACUCCUGAGAUCAAAAAUUAUGUUAAUGGUUUUAAAUCCGGUGUUAAGAACCCUGAGUCCCUAAAAUGUCAGUUCAUGCAGUCUGAUGGAGGUCUUGUUGAUGCUGAUUAUUUUUCAGGAUUGCGUGCAAUUUUGUCAGGUCCGGCAGGAGGUGUUGUUGGUUACUCGAUGACAUCUUACAACCCUAAAAACAAAAUUCCCCUGAUCGGUUUCGAUAUGGGCGGUACCUCAACUGAUGUUUCAAGAUACGGCGAUGGUAAGUUCGAUCAUGUUUUUGAAACUACUACGGCUGGUGUUACAAUUCAAUCCCCUCAACUUGACAUCAGUACGGUUGCCGCUGGUGGAGGAUCCAUCUUGAGCUAUAAGAAUGGCUUAAUGGCUGUUGGUCCGGAGUCCGCUUCCUCACAUCCAGGGCCCGCAUGCUACCGUAAAGGUGGACCUCUGACGGUUACAGACGCCAACCUGGUUCUUGGCAGAUUGGUUCCAGAAUAUUUUCCAAAAAUCUUUGGUCCAAAUGAAGACGAGUCGGUGGAUUCGGAGAUCUCCAAGGCUAAAUUUGCAGAAUUGACCCAAUUAAUCAAUGACACAAAUCCAGACGUUUUGCCUAUGACGGUUGAGCAGUGUGCAUACGGGUUUUUGAAGCUUGCUAAUGAAACAAUGGCCAGACCUGUCAGACAAUUGACUGAGGCUAAGGGCCAUAUCACCUCUCAACAUAGACUAGUUUCCUUUGGAGGAGCAGGAGGGCAGUGUGCAUGUGAUGUUGCAGAGCUCUUAGGAAUUGACACAAUUCUGAUCCACAGGUAUUCUUCAGUGUUGUCGGCGUAUGGAAUGGCUCUCGCUAGUGUCGUUGAGGAAGCACAGGAGCCAAGCUCUCUUUUACUAAAUGACACUACAAAGGAAGAAAUAUCAGCCAGACUUGAUCAUCUGAAGGAGGUUACAUCAAAAGCACUUAAAGCUCAAGGGCUUGAUGACAUUAUUUUCGAAGAGUAUCUAAAUCUCAGAUACCAGGGAACAGAAUCUGGACUUAUGGUUUGCAAAGAUGAAGGCUGGAAUUUUAGAGAAAAGUUUGUUGCUCUCCAUAAACGUGAGUUUGGUUUUGUUUUUGAAAAAGAAAUCAUUGUCGAUGAUAUUAGGGUCAGAGCCAUUGGAAAGGGUCUCACCGAGAAACUAGAGUAUGUUGAUGAUCAAAUUGAGGAGCUGCAACAGUCAGGAGCAAUCACUGCAAUUAGUGCUGAAAAAGCAGAGUUUGUGAAACAGACAUUUUGGGGAAAGAGCUUUUUGGAUACUCCAGUUUAUAGACUUGAGAAUUUGGAUGUUGGUGCACAAAUUGCUGGCCCAGCUAUUAUUGCGGAUGGAACACAAACAAACGUGAUUCCUCCUUUAUCAACUGCAUUGAUUCUCAGAACUCAUGUGGUGAUAACAAGACAUGAUACCGCCAGUGUUGCUCUGAGCGAGCCUAUUAUGCUUUCUAUAUUUGGGCACAGAUUUAUGGACAUUGCUGAGCAAAUGGGUCUGUCUCUCCAAAAGACUUCGGUCUCUGUUAAUGUGAAAGAGCGACUUGACUUUUCCUGUGCUCUUUUUGACCCCGAUGGAUAUUUAGUUGCCAAUGCUCCUCACUUGCCAGGGCAUUUGGGCUCUAUGUCCACGUGUGUGACCGCGCAAGCCAAAAUCUGGAAAGGCAAACUGAAACCAGGAGAUGUUCUUGUGACAAAUCACCCAUCUUCUGGUGGCACGCAUCUCCCGGAUAUCACUGUCAUUACCCCUGCUUGGCUCAAUGAUAAAAUUAUUUUCUAUGUUGGAUCCAGAGCUCACCAUGCGGAUAUUGGAGGUAUACUUCCUGGUUCCAUGCCUCCCACCUCCACUUUCCUAUGGCAAGAGGGUGCAACUAUAUACUCUGACUUAUUAGUCAAAGAUCACGUGUUUCAAACAGAAGCUAUUACGAAGCAUCUGAUGGAUGACCCUGCAUCAUAUCCUGGCUGUUCAGGAACCAGAAGGUUGUCCGAUAAUAUAUCAGACUUGAAAGCUCAAGUAGCAGCAAAUCAGAAGGGUAUCAAUCUUAUUAGCAAAUUGGUUGACGAGUUUGGCUUGGAUACAAUUACGUAUUACAUGAGAGCUAUUCAGGAUAAUGCAGCUACAACUGUGACCAAAAAGCUGGAUGAGCUGAUGGAAAGAUAUGGAGAGGCAGAAUGUGAGGAUUACAUGGAUGAUGGAUCCACUAUUAAGCUGAAAAUUCACAGAAAGGAUGGCAAGGUUGUUUUUGAUUUCACUGGUACAUCAGAGCAGACUUAUAACAACUUUAACUCACCGAUUGCAAUCACUCAUUCGGCAAUUAUAUAUUGCUUAAGGUGUUUAGUUGAAGAGGAAAUCCCAUUGAAUCAGGGAUGCUUGAGAUCUGUUGAAGUUAUUGUGCCACCAAAGUCUCUUCUGUGUCCAGAUUUCAGUUGUGCAGUUGUUGGAGGUAAUGUUUGUACUGCACAGAGAAUCACCGAUACCAUCCUUAAGGCUUUCAAUGUAAUGGCCGAUUGUCAAGGUUGCUGCAAUAAUUUCACUUUUGGUACUGGUGGAAACAAUGCCGAAGGCUAUACUCAAGGAUUUGGAUAUUAUGAAACUAUUGCUGGAGGUCAUGGUGCUUCCAAAUCUUGGAUUGGGGAAUCUGGUGUUCAUACGAACAUGACCAAUACAAGAAUCACUGACCCAGAAAUAUUUGAAAGGAGAUAUCCGAUUAUCUUAAGAGAAUUUUCCAUCAGGAAAGGCUCAGGGGGUAAGGGACAACAUCCAGGUGGUGAUGGAGUGAUUAGAGAUGUGGAGUUCCGUGUGCCAGUAACUGCCUCCAUUCUUUCCGAUCGGCGUGUAAAUGGACCACGAGGUCUUGCAGGUGGUGAGAAUGGCCAGAGAGGAUUGAAUCUCUGGAUCACCGAAAAUGGCAAUAAAGUACUCAACAUAGGCCCCAGAGCAUCUGUUGAGGUAUCUGCAGGUGAUAGAAUCCGAAUCUUGACACCAGGAGGAGGUGGAUGGGGUUCUCCGUCAUCAAAAGAAUCAGUCCCUGUGGACAAAAAAGAAGACAAAUACGGUUUUACGGGUUUCGUUUCCCAGAGACAAAGGAUUCAACUUGAAAACUAG